AUAAACCGGAAGCAGAAUGGCGCCGGAAGCGGAAGAGCGCUGCUUUCAGCGCUGAAGGCGGAGGGGGUUCGUAUUGGCGCAGUGCUUGUCUUCGCGGCCGGGGUCGCGUACUGAGGGAUGAAAGCGUUCCGUUGAGGGUGUUCUGGAACCGAAAAGACACCGUGUCUGUUUCAGUUCCAUCUUGUCCAGGACUGGUUUCCCAUCUGCUCUCAGCAUGGCAACAUCACUUAGGGCUGUGUGGUCCAGCUGUCUCUGGGUGCGUUCAGUAGCUGCCUGUAAGCAAGUCCCACUACGAGUUGGAGCUGUAUGUCAUGCUUGUCAUAAAUCGACGUACUCAGUGCUCCCUGAAGACUACAACUGCAAAGUGGAACUUGCCUUGACAUCAGAUUCGAAGACAAUUGUCUGCUACCACCCUUCACUCGAGAUUCCAUACGAGCACACACAACCUGUGCCACGACCAGAUCCAGUGAAUAACAAAGAAGAAACUCUUGAUCAAGUUUUAAAAUCCAGAUUGAAUGAAGAAGAGCUAAAGAAUGAUAGAGGACUUACAAUUGAAGAGCUCAGCAAAAUGUUUUACACUACAAAACAUCGGUGGUACCCUGUGGGACAGUAUCACAGAAGACGGAAGAAUCCUAAUCCUCCUAAAGACAGAUAAUUAAGAUGACUUCUCGCUCACGAGCAUGUUGUUAUUAAUCUUUAUUUGAAAUAAAAGAAAAAAUACAGAAGUGUU